GCCAUUUUGGAGGAAAGUUUGGAAUUUGUGACACACGGCGGGGAAAGAAGGAGAGCGCGCGAGCGAGAGAGCGCGAGCCGGCACGAGAGAGCGCGAGAAAGAGGAAGAGAGCGAGAAAGGGAGGGAGGAGAGAAGGAGCUCGACGCUUUUGGGCGCCGCGGCGCGAGGAUGAGGGCGUCAAAGUGCGCGUGAUUCUGCAGCAGGGCUGCGCUUGCGAGCUCGCGAGUUUCUCUCGCUUUUCUUUUCCUUCGCGUUGCGACCGCAGCGUGUGAGCGAGCGAGCGCGCGCGCGCGAGAGAGUUUUGUUCGUCAUGCACUGAACUCCCCCUGUCUGUCUGCCUGCCUGCCUGUCUGUCCGGAGGAAAGCUGAGCGGCUGUGCUGUCUUCCCUCUUUUCCCACCCCUGUCAGCUCAGCCAGGAGGAGAAGUGCAGCAGUGCAGUGAAGCCUGUGGCUGCUCUCGUGCUGUGCGCGCGCGCGUGCUGGGGCGCAUUUUUUUUAGUCCUUUUAGCCUUUACAGUCCUGCCAGCGCGCGCUGCUUUCACGUCUUUCAUGUUUACUGGAUAAACAUUUGGAUCUGGUGCCAAAAGAGGCAUCUGAGUCAGCCCUGUAGCCCUGCUCACGCACGGGACGGUUGAAAGAGAGGGAGAGAGGGGCGCAGAGGCAGAGGGGCAUUUUUGGUGGACCUCCCCUCCAGACAGCCUGAACCAUGCCAGUGAGGAAAAAAGAUGCGCAGCGGGCUCUGUUGCUCUUGGAGGAAUACAGAACCAAGCUCAGCAAUGCCGAAGACAGACAGCUGAGAAACUCCAUUCAGCGAGUGAUCGACAUCUUCCAGAGUAACCUCUUCCAGGCGCUCAUAGAUAUCCAGGAAUUUUACGAAGUGACCUUAUUGGAUGAUCAGAAAUGCGGGGAUUCAGUGAGAGUGAUCGAUAUGAUGCCUCCGGUGAACCUGUGGGAUUUCUCCAGCAUCCAAAGCACAACAGUAACUUCAGACACCCUGCCCAGCCUUAGCACCAGCAUAGAGGACUCCCCCCUCCUAAACGAAAUCCUACAUGUGCUCGCUAAAGCCAAAACUUCCCCCAGUGAGCUGGACCAAAAGUACCGGCACCAUGACGAGGACACAUCGCCGCAGGAGCAAAGCUCCCCUCAGCUCACAGACGAGGCCCCUGGCCCGGAGCUGGUCCAGGUGGCUGAGAAGAACAUCUCCCAGAUCGAGAACGUCCACGGCUACGUGGCCCACGCCCACAUCUCCCCGAUGAAGGUUGAGUCGCUGGAAUGCAUCUUCGAUGGGCCACCCACGGUGGGGAGCGAGGACAGCCCUCCCCCCACCCCCGCCUCCCUGUACCCUCAAAGCCCCAUGACUGUCCAGCAGACAGAUGCUGCCCCAUCCUCCGCUCCCAUAAUCCCCGUGAUCCCAAUCUCGCCCGUCCCUGCGGAGGCCGCAGUCAUCCCUCCACCGACGUCACAGGCAAAUCCACCCCCCGUUGUGGUGAAUACGGAAAGUUUGGAUUCAGCCCCAUACGUGAACGGCACAGAGGCGGACUAUGAGUACGAGGAGAUCACACUUGAGCGAGGUAAUUCCGGGCUGGGCUUCAGCAUUGCAGGUGGCACGGAUAACCCUCACAUUGGAGAGGAUCCCAGUAUCUACAUCACCAAAGUCAUCCCAGGAGGUGCUGCAGCUCAGGACGGGAGACUUCGGGUCAAUGACGUAAUCCUGCGCGUGAAUGAGGUGGACGUUAGGGACGUAACCCACAGCAAGGCUGUAGAAGCGCUGAAGGAGGCCGGCUCGCUGGUCAGACUCUACGUCAGAAGAAGAAAAUCGGUCUCUGAGAAGGUCAUGGAGAUCAAGCUGGUUAAAGGGCCCAAAGGGCUUGGCUUCAGUAUAGCAGGGGGCGUCGGGAACCAGCACAUCCCAGGGGACAACAGCAUCUACGUCACCAAAAUCAUAGAAGGAGGGGCUGCACACAAAGAUGGGAGACUACAAAUAGGAGACAAACUUUUGGCUGUGAACAGCGCUUGUCUGGAGGAGGUGACCCAUGAGCACGCCGUGACUGCCUUGAAAAACACUACAGAUGUGGUCUACUUGAAAGUGGCUAAACCCAACAGUGUCUUCAUGAACGACAGCUUUGCUCCUCCGGAUAUCACCAACUCUUACUCUCAACACAUGGAGAACCAUAUCAGCCCCCCAAACUUCCUGAGCCAGCCAGUGCCCCCUGCCUCCUCUGGACGCUACUCCCCCACCCCGAAGACCACGCAUGGAGAGGAUGACAUGACGAGAGAGCCCAGGAAGGUUGUCCUGCACCGGGGCGCUACAGGUCUGGGCUUUAACAUCGUUGGUGGAGAGGACGGAGAGGGCAUCUUUAUCUCCUUCAUCCUGGCAGGAGGCCCUGCGGACCUGAGCGGAGAACUGAGGAAAGGAGACCGCCUCGUCUCUGUGAACGGAGUGGACCUGCGCAGCGCCACUCACGAGCAGGCAGCGGCCACUUUGAAGAAUGCAGGCCAGACUGUCACCAUUGUCGCCCAUUACAGACCAGAGGAGUACAGGCGUUUCGAGGCUAAAAUCCAUGACCUGCGGGAGCAGAUGAUGAACAGCAGCAUCAGCUCUGGAUCAGGCUCUCUGAGGACCAGCCAGAAGAGAUCUCUAUACGUCAGGGCGCUGUUCGACUAUGAUAAGACCAAGGACUCGGGUCUGCCCAGCCAGGGUCUGAACUUUAAGUUUGGAGACAUCCUGCACGUAGUGAACGCCUCAGAUGAUGAGUGGUGGCAGGCACGGCAGGUUACUCCGGAGGGAGAGGUGGAGGAGAUGGGGGUCAUCCCUAGCAAGAGAAGAGUGGAGAAAAAAGAGAGAGCCAGAUUAAAGACAGUCAAGUUCAACUCUAAGUCUCGAGAUAAAGGGUCCCUCAAUGACAAGCGUAGAAAGAACCUCUUUUCCCGCAAGUUCCCUUUCUACAAGAACAAGGAGACGAGUGAGCAGGAAACGAGCGAUGUGGACCAGCAUGUCACCUCUAAUGCCAGUGAUAGUGAAAGUAGUUACCGUGGGCAAGAAGACUAUGUACUGUCCUACGAGCCGGUGUGUCAACAAGAAGUGAACUACACUCGUCCAGUGAUCAUCCUGGGCCCGAUGAAGGACAGAGUCAACGAUGACCUGAUAUCGGAGUUCCCUGACAAAUUUGGCUCCUGUGUUCCUCAUACGACCCGGCCGAAGCGGGACUACGAGGUGGACGGCCGAGAUUACCAUUUUGUAGUGUCUCGAGAGCAGAUGGAGAGAGAUAUUCAGGAGCAUAAGUUCAUCGAGGCGGGCCAGUACAACAAUCACUUAUACGGCACCAGUGUGCAGUCUGUGCGUGAGGUGGCUGAAAAAGGCAAACACUGCAUUCUAGAUGUAUCAGGCAACGCUAUCAAGAGACUGCAGGUUGCUCAGCUCUAUCCCAUUGCUAUCUUCAUCAAACCAAAAUCAGUGGAAAAUAUAAUGGAGAUGAACAGGAGACUGACGGAGGAGCAGGGAAGGAAAACGUACGACAGAGCCAUCAAGCUGGAGCAGGAAUUCACCGAGCACUUCACAGCCAUUGUGCAGGGAGACACCUUGGAGGAAAUAUACGAUCAAGUCAAACAGAUUAUUGAGGAGCAGUCUGGGCCAUACAUCUGGGUACUGUCCAAGGAGAAGCUAUGAACAGCUGCGAGUUCCAUUCUCCCUCCCUUUUCUGUUUUAUUUAUUAAUUCUUUUUUUUUUUUCUUAACGACUUAAUCCCUGAUCCUUCAGUCCGCCCCUCUCCAAAUCUCAGUUCACAGUCUCAUCCCUCUGAAGUCAUGAAAGACACCUGUGAAUGACAUCCACACCAGUAAUUCUACAGUAGGUGUUCCUCAAGGGUGGAUAUUAGGUCCUCUUCCGAUCUCCACUGCUUCCAGCUUAGAGAGAGGGGGGUAUGCCAGACCAGCAUCCAUUAACGGGCCUUUGAAAACGGUACAGUUCCUUAAUGUUUAAGGGAGGUUACUUUCUAAGGAAGAAGAGAUAAAUAGACUGGGCUGGAUCAUUUCUUUCAUUUCUUUUUCUUUCGUGUAAGAUGAUACAGAGGUUGCGUCUCAGGCAUCGGAAUCAUAAAAUAGAGAAACAAAAAAAAAAAAGAACAAAAAAAAAACACAAAAAGCAAAACUUUGCACGUUAUAGCUUUAAGAGCAUGUGUUCUUUGACCUUUUUUUCGUUCCUUUCCACUCAUAGUCCCAUGUUUUCAAUACAUUUAUCAUAGUUUUGUUUUUCUUUUGACUGUUGGUGCGCAUAUUUCAUAUUUCGCUCUUCGUUAAGUGUCCAUGUUAGGGAGCCUUUAUUUUUUUUUUUGUUUGUUUUGAUCACAGUGUGCAGUCAAAAUGUUGGCUUUUCUAAAUCUAUGAUCAGUGUCUUACAUAAAGUACUACGUUUUCAAUACUUUUGAUUUUACAUGUAGGAAAGUCUGCCAUUUGUAAGGAACUGCCAUUUAAGAGAUGUCCCUGCACAUCUUGUGGCUUCAAUUGCCAAUGCAUACAUGAAAGAAAAUUUAUUGUACAAUGAAAUCUUAACAGAUAUUUAACCCUCCAUGAACUGCCUAUUUUGUUAUAAUAAAAAGUCUAUAUUGAACUUUACUUAAGCACUACUACUAUGGGAAUUAUUUUCUUUACAUUGUAAGACAUAUAUAAGAACAAGGAAUUUUGCAGAGACUCUUAUAAUAUGGAUAUAUAUAUAUAUUUUUUCCUUCUUUCCUUUACCACCUUUGUCUCAUUUAUUUUCCUAUGCUGAAAUGAACGGUGCGGUAAUCGGAGCGUGUCUGUAUGAAGACUGAACAUGGAAGCUAGCAGUUAUGCAGUAUUUUUGAGUUGAAAUCACACCUAGCGCUCCUCUGGCAGCUAGCUCUCGCUCUCUCGCUCUCUGUCUCUCUGUCUCUGUCUCUCUCUCUCCCUCUCUCCCUCUACCUCCCCCUCUCCAUCUGAGCUUUGUCUGCUCAUGUCAAGUCUUUUUACUGCGCGGAAGAGAGUAGUGCCUGGUCUGUUGCCCCUCCAUUCCAGCCGCCGUGAGUUUGAGCAGGAAGAACUGACUGAGCUCCGUCGGGCCUUGCAAGCUCCGUAAGAGACUCCUCCUUUUCUAAACCCGUCCAAGAGGGGGCGCCCCACCUGCUCGUCUCAUGAUACAUGAUUGUUUUCUAUACUUAAGACUGCUUGUUCUACCACCUCACCACCUCUGCUUUUUAGGGACACUUUGGGACUGAAGAAGAAAAAAAACAAUGUAAAUAACCUACUGAUCUGAUUCAUUCCAUUGAUCAAAAAGAACCAGAGGAGAACGGCUAAUUCAACAAAUAAAACAAAAUAUUUCUCAUACA